AUGGUUAGAGAAACCAGGCAUCUCUGGGUCGGUAACCUUCCCGACAAAAUCCGAGAAGAUCACAUACGGGACCACUUCAAACGGUAUGGCAAAGUGCAAAACGUGAAGCUUCUCGAACUUCUCGACGAGAACGGCCAUGGUACUUGUACGGUAUCGUUUAAUGACAUCCGAUCUGCAGCCAAAGCGCACAAUGCAGAGAACAACUUGGAGGAUUGGGUGCUCAAGACCGACUAUUAUGAACCGCCGGCUACUGGAUCAACGUCAGCGAUCGCCACCAGCGGCAGUAGCAGCAGCAGCAAUGUCCAAAACGCGUGCGCAGAUGGCGGAGGUGGUAGUGCAGGUGGUGGUGGUGGGGGGAACAACAGCAGCAACAGCAGCUCGACGCACAAUCGAAGCACAAGCCAGAACACAGCAAACUGUGGAUCUCAAAGCCCGUUUUCGGCUGCAUCGGGAGGAACGCCGAAAAGCGAUUCGGGUUGUCGGAUACGGCAAACGCAGCUCUCGUCGACGACAUCGUCAACAUCUGCAUCAGCUGGCUCAAUGUUGCUGUCGACGCCGGUGGCGGCGACGGCUGCUACGACGACAACAACAGCGGCGGCAACUGUAACUAGUUUGUCUCCUAGUCGGACGGCUGGCUGCGGCGCGGCCGACUCGGCAGAUGCUCGGACUUCGGCGUUAGUAUCGAUAAGCAGCAGUAGCAGUCUCCUAGAGGGAGAUCUAACGCGAAGAGCCUCACAAGGAUCAGGAGUAUACAAUGAGGACGACACGAACUCGUCGUUUCGUUCUAGAGGACACUCGAACUUGAAGCGAGGCGUCUGCGACGAAGACAAUAAGAGAGGAUCCCCCGCUUCCGUGACGACCCCCACUACGACCACCCUCCAGAACAACACCAACAACAACAUCGGCCACGGCGGCAUCGCGACCCGUAGAGGUCGGACAGAAAGACCUUCGCGUCGAAGCAGACACCAUCAUCACCAUCACCAGCACCAACAGCUGUUGCAGUUGCAGCAACAACAACAACAGAUACAACACUUGCAGCAUCUGCAGCAACACCAUUCUGGAUCGGAAUCCAGUUCGCCAAGUUCAACGGGUUCUGUCAGGGGACGCGAUAGCUCGAGUGAACCGAGCCAUCGGUCGAUAUCACCUUCCCAAAAAUCCCAAUCCCCGACGACGUCGUAUGGAAGUCAUGCGUCGGGACUACGAGCGAUCUCCGGAACGUCAGGCCAUUCGGUCUCGUCCCUUAAUCUCAACCACCUUAGCAGCGAAGCGAUGCCCGAGUUAUCGCAACGCGAGCGCGACCCGAUUGUCACGAACGACAAGAGACCGCUCGGGAUCUGCGUACGAAAUCUACCUGUCCGUUCGACCGAUACGAGUUUGAAGGAUGGUUUGUUUCACGAGUACAAAAAGCAUGGCAAAGUCACAGUAGUGAAAGUUAUAGGCCAGGGCACAGAUCGUUACGCGGUAGUAUGCUUCAAGAAACCUGAAGACGUUGAGAAGGCCCUCGAAGUAUCCAAAGACAAGCUUUUCUUCGGCUGCAAAAUCGAGGUCAAGGCGCACGAAGGACUUGACGGCGAGGACAAUGAAUUUCGACCGCUGGAAGCCGAGCUCGACGAAUACAACCCGAAAGCAACCCGCACGUUAUUUAUCGGAAAUCUGGAAAAAGACAUAACAACGUCCGAGUUGCGGAAACACUUCGAGAGCUUCGGCGAGAUCAUCGAGAUCGAUAUCAAGAAGCAGGCGUCGUUAAGUUCAUACGCUUUCAUUCAGUACUCGGACAUUGCGUCAGUCGUCAAGGCAAUGAGGAAACUCGACGGAGAGAACCUCGGCGCCAAUCGAAUCAAAUUGGGAUUCGGCAAGUCGAUGCCCACCAUGUGUGUCUGGCUGGACGGCAUCGCCGACACGGUCAACGAAAAGUUUCUGACCCGCCAGUUCUCCCGCUACGGAACUGUGACCUACACUGUGAUAGACCGGGAAAGGGGGCACGCCCUCGUGUACUUUGACUCGUUGGAUUGCGCUCAGCACGCUGUGUCUGAAAUGCGAGGUCGAGCGUUGAACGGAAAGCGACUCCAAGUGGAUUUUGCCUCAAGGGAAUGUCAGUCAACGUUUUUCGAGCGAAUCGAAAACUCCGGCCAGAUCGCACAAGGAGACCGGCCGUGGAUAAGUCGCGGAGGUCGGGCGGCGGCCGUCUUGCCCCCGGAUUACGAUCGCGAGCGUAGCAAUUUACGCACCGAGCAGUUCGAGCAGUCUCGAUACAUACGUUAUGACAGUGGUCCCAGCAGGUCAAGAACCAGCAGCAGCACCAGUUUCCGUUCAUCUACGGCUCGGAGUAGCAGUUCGACGACAGUCGGUGCGACGUCGAACCGGAACGCGCGUUCGAGCUUCAGCUCGAGCACGCCGCGCUACAACAACGACGCCUACCACGACGAGAUCGUUGUCGAGCCCCGUCGUCUGAACAGCAACUCGACGAACAACCACCGAUUCUCGGAGAAAGACGACUCCAUGGACGAACUUUCGGUGUACGAUGACGAGUGGAGGAAGAAGGUCCUCCGGAACUCGAUGAGCGAUCACGAGGACAGUCAUCAUAGCGGAGCCUCGCCAACUCUGCGACACCUCAGUCGGAGUCCGCCGCCGUUGAUCGCCGUCAACUCGACCAAACGAAACAAGCGACACCGGAGAACGAGCGGAGGCUCCUCCCGGAUGAGCAGUCCCGUGGAGAGCGACCUCAGGGACACUAUCUGUAUAUCGUCGGCGCUCACUUCCGCGUCGUCCGUUGCGGCGACGGGCAUCGCGUCGGCAGCGACAGCGGCCGCGAGUUUAUCCUCUUCAUCGUCUUCAUCGUUGUCGAUCUUAGCCAACGCGUCUGGACAGCAACAGUCGUCAAACGACUGCCAUGCCAGCAACAAACUAAUAUCCGAAAGUCAACGACGUCGCAGCGAUCCUGCGUACACGUGCACCUCAAACGUACAAGGUGGUGGGGAUGGCGGUGGCGGCGGCACAGCAUCUCCGAGCCAACAGGAGCGAAAGCGCCGCUUGAUGGUUGUCGAAGAAUCGGCGAACGCCGUGGACGUCGACCAGCACCGAAGUCGAGUGGCCGUAAAAUACGUCAACAUCAAACACGAUUCGAUACUGAGCUCGAGCGAUAGCGACUCGGGCAGCACGACCGCCACCGAUUUCCGAAGUUUCUCGACCUCGUCCCAAAGCCACAACAGUCACGGCCACCGGAGCAAGCGUCUGCAUCACCAUUCUCACCAUUCGCACCAUUCUCAUUCGCACCACCUCGCAAGUAGCGGCGGUGGCGUUGGUGGAAACCAGACGUCGAGCUCAUCGUUGAGCGGAUGUCCGAUCGGAGCAAUGAUGACGUCUUCCGGAGGCCGCUCCUCGUCCAGCGGGGGAUCGAAGCGACCUCAUCAAAUUACCAAAGAAAUCCCAUGCUUUGCGAUCUGUAGCGGCGGCAGCGGCGGCAAACGAACGCAACAUUCGUCGACGACAACAACGACGUCAUCGCUCAAAGAAGGUCUCGAAAACGGAGUCCGAUCCGUUUCAGGAGGAUCGGGCGGUAAUCACGUGACGUCGUCGACGGCGACGUCCUCCGACUCGGUGCGCCGAGAUCCCCGCCAGGCGAAGCUUUGGGAUAGCUAUACCCGAGGAACAACCGGAACCAGCGGCGGUAGCAGCAGCGGCAGCAGUAGCGGCAGCAGCAAUAAUCCUGGCAGUAAAUCCCAGCAGCAGCAGCAGCAGAAACGAAGCGAAGAUGAGGACUACGAAGUAGCCAAACGUCCUGUGAUGGUUUUGCCGCUGCCAAAGUUUGCGUUCUCUUUCUCACGAUCUCCUUCACCGAUGUCGACGUCGAGUUCGACGGCCAUCAAUCAUUUCCAUCAUUCAUCUCAUGACAAACAGAAUCCCCUCUCAUCGACGGGAAGCGCUCCUUCCCACGCUCCUCUCCAGCACCAUCCCAGCACACAUCCACAGCAGGAAAACUCCUCAUCCCAAAACGCCUUGACGACGAAAUCCACGAGUAGCGGCAGCAGCGGCAACCUUGUGGGCUCGAGCACCUCGGCCAGCGGCAGUUCUGGAGCAGGUGGCGGCAGCGGCGCAACGUCAUUCAGCGCAACGACGCCAGCCACGCCGCAGGGUCUUCUCAGCGUCGGGGGCGGCAUCCAGGCGGAUCAUGCGGCGGCCGGGUCGUGCGCGGCAGCAGCUGCCGCCUCAACACCUGUAGCGGCGGCAGCUGCCGCUGCUGCUACGCCCUCAAUCGAGGAACGCAUCAGGGCCCUCGACGACAAGUGGCCCGCUUCGACGUCUUCUUGUUCAGCUCCUUCUGGUGGAGGUUCGGUGUCGACCCCCGGUUUGGGAGGUGCUGCUCUGCAGCGAUCGUUAUCCGGAGCGGACGUCAACCCGUCAACACCUCCUAUUGUUAUAGACUACCAGAAGUACAAUAUUAAGAAGCGAUCGCGUACUCCCGCGCUAGCGCCGACGGCGUCCGACCUGAUCCACAAGACCGAACCGUCGGAAAUCACGAAGUCGUUGUUGGCCAAGCAGUCGAUCCUCGACCAGGAUUCCAAGCGACUGGAACACAUCAACGAGAAGUACGAGCCGAACACCAUCGAGUCGGGCUCGGAGAAGCCGGCUCUACCGUUUCGCACGAAAGCGGCUGCCAAAGAAUUCUCGAUGCCGAAUUUGCCCAUUAUGGGAGCACAGCAAGGCCAGCCUCGAUUUCCGUUCGGUUCGAGUUCAGCCAAUCAGGUCGUCAAUCCGCCGGUCAGCUCGCCGGGAGCUCCAGUGGCUCUGAAAUUGGACUCAAUCAAAAAAGAACGAUCUCUCUCGCCACCUGCAGCAUCUGUGGCGGCUGUCGGAGAGGCAGCUGCGACGGGCACCACUAAUCCGUGUCACAAGCCUACUCAGCAACAGCAGACCACAGGUGUUGCCGGAAGGCUUCAGCAACAGUCGAUCAAGAAAGAACGCCGUGACACCGCGACGAGCGACUCAAUCAAGAAGGAAAAAGACGAUCCGAGAGUCUCGCAGAAGCAGAAAAAUUCAUCUGAUCAGCAGCAACAAUCUGCUCAGAGCAGUAAAGCCAGAAGUCCCAAAGCCUCUAGUCGCAAGGAGGUGUCCUCUGCGGUGACGACGGCCGCCGACGAGCCGACGACCGGUGCAGGAGAAUCGGUCGGCACCGGCGUAGCUGGCGGCAGUAGUAGCAACAACAACAACAAUGGCAGCACCGGCAGCAGCUCCGUUCAACAAGUCACCAAGCGUCGCGUAUCAUCGCUCGACAGCAAUGAGUCGGAACAGUCGAGCAAAUCCACAAGAUCCGCUGGAGAGCGACUUGAACCGGAGAGCAAACGAGCGAAGUUCACUUCUUCAUCGAGCAAAUCUGGUUCAACCGAAGGCGAGCCACGAAGCAGUCGCAGAGAGGAAUCGCGGUCGAAAGACAGAAGCAGCAAGUCGAGCAAGGACGCUAGGGAUAAGGAGCACUCUAGUAAACAUUCAUCAUCCUCUUCAUCGUCAUCUUCCUCAUCAUCAACAAACAACCACAUCUCAUCAUCUCAACAACAACAACAACAACAGUUACUGUCUGAGGAAGCGCACAACAACAACAACAAUAAUAGCAGUAACAGCAGUAAGAAAGAAAAUGUCAGUAAGAAAGAUCACCACUCAAGCAGUUCCAACAACAACAACAAUAACAACAGCAGUAGCAGUACGAAUACGAGCAGUAAAGACAACAACAACUCAACCAGCAAUAGCACGAGCAACAACAACAACAGCAGCGGUGGCAAUACCAACGCGAGCACGAAUUGCAGCAACACCAACAGCAGCAAUUCAGCGAAUACGAGCAGUAAGAACGAAUCCUCUAGCAAGAACAAGGAUUCGAGCAAGAACAAGGACGAAAGGAAAGUUUCGUCUUCGUCGUCCCAGAACGCCAUCAGCAAAGAUCGCAGUAGCGACAGUAAAAAGGAGAAAACCGAUAAGUACAAGAAACGGGAAAGCACGACCAGCAGGAACAGCAAGAGUUCCGAAACGAAGGAUUCCAAGGAGAAGAGCAGCAGCGGUAACAGCAGUAGGUCGAGUCGAGCGGACAACAAGAGCCGCGAGCGUGACUCUUCCGCUUCCAACCCGUCGAAUAACAACAGCGGCGGCAACAACGACAACGCCAACAGUGUCAGCAUAAACAAUAAUAAUAACAACAACAAUAAUAAUAACAACAACAAGGAGGACAAGGCUCAACAGCGAGCCAUCGCCAAGGAGGUGGCCGACGCGGCGGCAGCGGCCGGCAUACCGAUGGAAGAACUCGGUUUGGUCGAUGGCGUGCCCAUGUAUCUGUCGAUGUACGACAAAGUCAAACAGAGGUCGUGCAAGAACCAACAUCAACAAGUGGUGCACGACGAAUGCAAAGGCGACAAAUUCAGCAAACUGAAGCAGUCGCGCGCGCGCAAGAAGACACUCGACUCCGAGGCGAGCGAGGAAUUCCAACCGUCGGAGAUGUCCGAUUCGGAGCACGAGACCAAACCCGCCCGCAAGGGACGCAAGAUCAGCGGUCCGACGGCCAAGAAGAGGAAGACCGUCAUCGAGAGCUCGUCGGACGGUGAGGCCCUCUCGAUGCCCAGGAGCUCGACGUCGACUCCGGCGGCAUCGACGAAGCCUACAUCGGGACUUCCGAGCAAGUCUCGUCUCCCGCAGCACACGAACGCGACAUCGAAGAGUUCCUCUCGAUCGAACGCCAUCGUUUCGGCGUCCGACGAGAGCAGCGACGCUGAAAUGAAGCCGCACGUGUCGAGCCAGUUCCAGGUGCCCAAGAAACCGGCCACCAGCAAGAAACUCGAAUACUCCGAGUUCUACUCCACCGAUUCGGACCAUGCGGACGAAAUCGACAAGCCGGUGGUGGCCAAGAAGCGCAAGAAGGUCACCUCGUCGUCUUCGAGCCGGAGCAUUCCGAACAACCACGAUUCGAGCAAGACCAAGUCCGGCCGGAGUCAACAACAAUCCUCGAACCGGAAGAACAAGCAGUCUCAGCCGACGUCCCAGGCGCACGCCGACGUCGACACGUCGGACGACGAUGAGCGUAUCAUCAAGAAAUCGAAGGAGCUCUCGAAAUCCAAGUCGAAAGACAAGGACGUCUCCGUUCUCCUCAACAACAACAACAACACCAACAAAGCCGACAUCGAUGUUGAGCGAGGCUCGAAGCAGCAGCAGCAGCAGGACUCGACGAUCAAAUCAAAGAGCAGCAAGGAGGGCAAAGAACCCGAGCCGAUCGUCAAGGAGGAUCGAGCGCCGACCCCGCGAACCAACAACAAGCGGAGGAGGUUGAAGAAGAGCAAACAGGCAAAAGACAGAAGGACGGUCAGCAAGCCGAAGGAGAUCUCCUCGAAGAAGGACGAGCCGAGCGGAAAGAUCGCCGCCGAAGAGAGCGUUGUUGCGCAAGCGAGCGAAAGCGUCGCCGCACCGGCGGCCGCCACGGGCCCUCAGGAAGGUAUACAACCGGCGAAGAAAAGUUGGGCCCUUAAGGAUCUCCUGGCAGAGUCCUUGAAGGCGUCCAAGGCGGCUCCGAUCGUGGCGCGCCAACAACAACCGUCUCAGCAACAACAAUCGUUCCAACAACAGUCCGCCAAGCAGCAGGAGGCGAAGGGCGAGUCGAUCAAGUCGUCGGCUGCCGAUCGGGACAGGAGCGCCGAGGAUACGGACGCGGACAAAUCGGACAUCGAACAAUCCGAGGACGAUUACAUCAAUCCUCGCGCCCCCGCCCGGGUCGAGUACGAGAGCGAAAUGUCCGACCACGAGCUGAUGCUCCAGAACGAGUUCCAACUGGCGGCUAAGUCCCCGCCGCCGCCGCCCGCGGCCAAGGAAGCGUCGCCAAUCCGCCAGCUGCACAACCGUCUCGGCGGUGAAGGUGGCGGCGUGUUCGGUGACAGCCACGACGCGGUCACCUGCAACUCGGCGUACGCGACCGACAAGCUCGACCGGCAGCGGAGCGAGUCGCCGCUCCUGUCGGCCUUGAGCGACGCGAUGUUGAAGAACAACAACGACCUGAGCGAAACGCUCAAGCUGAGCGGCAGCGCUGCAGGUGGUGAUCGUUCUGGCUCGAAGAUGGAAGUGGUGUCCGCCCAGGACAAGGACAACAAAGCUCAGGACAAGGACGCCCGACGUAAGAAGGACCGCGAGAGCCGACACCACCACCAUCAUCAUCACCAUCACCAUCACCGCAAGGACAAGAAACAUCGCUCCCAACAGCAGCCGUCCCAGCUGCAGCAGCAGCAGCAGAGCAGCUCGGAGAAGUCCCUUCAGCACUCACAGACAGAAGUGGAACGGGACCCUCUGAAGGACUCGAUUUUCAACACGAAGGACGUCCUGAAGGAUUCCCGAGCUGCGGAGAAGGACAGCCGAGACUUGGCAAGGGAUUCGAUCAAACGGGAUCGUGACGCUCGGCAUCACCAGCCGCAGCAGCCGCAGCCCCAACAGCAGCCGCCGCAGAAACAGCACUCUCAACAGGAGCAGCAGCUGUCGCAGCUACGGACACCGCAAGUCCAGCAGCUGCUCUCGAACAGCGUGGCUUGCGGGAGCAGUAGCAGUAGUGCGAGCAGCAAGACGGUCAACGCGUUGGAGGACGACAUCGAUGACAACAAUAGCAAAAUGUCGGACGACAACCGCGUCGACGAGGACAUUGUUGAGCAGGCGCGUCGUCUGGAAGAGCUGAUGGCCGCCGCGUCCGAGGAGACGAGCAAUACGUUCGAGUCGACGGAUCUCAACAAGCGAGACGACAGCAAGCCGAUCGAGGAGCGCCAUUUCGAAGAGGAGGCCGCCAAGGAGACCCGGCGCCUGGAGGAGGAAAUGUCCUCGACCCGCGACGCCUGGCAGGAGGACGGUGUCGCGUUCGACAAAGACAACAACAAGAACGAUUCGCCGCCCCUGGCGCACGACAAGGACGGCGGCAGCGGCGGCGGCGGCGUUUACGAGCUGGACUCGGAGCGCAAGAUGGAAGACGACCUCGCUGUUUCCGCUCUACUCCAGGAAAUGGGUGAUGAAGGCGACAUCGACAAGGAUCACCCACCCGUCGUCCACGUGGACGACGACUUCAUUGUAGAGCAGCAACAGCCCGCUGAGGAUUCCGUCGUGGCUACCAAGCAUUCGCCUAGAGUUGUUGCCCACGUCCCGCUGUCCUACGAAAUGAACGACGAAGAGAGUUCCGACUCGCUGCGAAUCGUCACCGAACAGGACAGCGCGGCUCAGCCGGAGGCGAGUCCGCCGACAGUCGAGAGGUCCGAUGAGAAACUCGCCCGAGUUUUCCAUGAUACCUUCACUAGGCAGACCAGCCAACAACAACAACACCAACAGCAGCAGCAACAACAAACGCAUCCGUCCAAACAACAGAACAGCACCGCCGCCGAAAUCCUGCGUCGACGUUCGGCGUCGCCGCGCACAGCCUCGGCGCCCCAUACGGAAAGCAAUUCCCACCAUGAUGUGCCUGCGAGUCGCGUCACCCCGUGCGCGGAGCCUUCGGCACGCGUUGCGUCCCGCGAGGCGGACGCCCACGGUCGCGCCGGAGCACAUCACGGUCCGCAUGGCUCUCAGCAGCACCAUUCGGCCAUUGCCACCGCCACGUCGACAGCAGGUGGCGUCAGAGGCGUGACGUCGACCGGUGCUGCUGGAAACAGCAACGUCACGCUCACCAACAAGCUCGGGCCCUGCAAGGACGGGUUCUCGGCGAGCCCCGCACCGACGAUCGCGACGUCAGCCCUCGCGCUGUCGUCGAAUCCCGCGAGCCACAGUCAGGCAGAAGAUCUUUUCGAUGCGUUGCAGGCCGAGUCGAAGACCACGAGCGCCGCGCCAACUACUCCCGAUCAGCAUCUGUCCUCUCACAGGCAGCAGCAGCAGCAGCAGCAAUCAACAGCUGUGGCGCCCACGUUCGCAGCCGCGACCGAAACGCCAAGUCCGUUGCAGAGCCACAUGGGCCACCAUCCUUCGCAGCAGCAGCAUGCGCUUGAAACGGUCGGCUCUUCAGUGAAAACUCCUUCGCCCGACAAGUCAGACUCGGGAAGGCUGGAAAUCGUCGAGAGUCCCGUCCACGGUGACGGAGAAGACGACGAGGACGAAGACGAUGACGACGAUGUCGACGACGACGACGAGGACGACAAGCCGUCGAAUUCGACGUCGCCGGCCACAACACCGCAACACGAAGUCUCGAGCCUUGCCAAGGACGAACCUGCCGCGGCCGAGGAGCGAUCGAAAGAAGACACGAACGACAGCUCGAGUAAAGACGACGAUUUCCCCGAGUCGCACUCGACGCCCAUUCUGGAAAUCAUCGAGAACCUCUCGUCACCCGUUUCUCAGCACAACAAAACGGAUUCGACAGUGGCCGCCGCAGACGGCCUCCCGGACGAGGCUGCGUCUGCCGGCGAGCCCUCGGAGUGUGAGAACACCGAAGUCGACGAACACCCUGAGGAUCAGGACGAUCUCGACCACGAGCUGAGAUCCGGAGGUCACAAGAAGCCCUCAGGUCCUCAGCAACGAGGCGGCCGAAAGGGAAAACGCGGCGGUCGGGGUGGACGAGGCCGCAGCGGCGGACGUCAGACUCAAAGCCAGACCCACGAGGUGGCGGCUUCGACCCUACAGCAGCAGCAGCAGCAGCUCUCGAUUGAACCCAAACGUAGAGGGGGUCGAGCCACUUCCGUGGAGAAGCUCCGCCGCGGCCUACGGUCGGACGACGGUGCCGCGAGCAAUCAGUCGGAGUCGGCAAGCGACAUCAAAUCAGCCGCCGAACAGACUCCCGAGACGGCAGCUGUUGGCCCGCCCCAGCUGCAGUCUCAGAAGCAACAGGAACAUCCAUCCGCGCAGCAUCCUCUCCAUCAUCACACUCCUCAUCAUCACCAUCAUCAGCAGCAAGCCCAACCGCAGACAGCCGACUCGAUCGACGCCAAGCAUACGGCACACGAGUCCGAAACCGACCCAGAGCAGCGACCUGUACCUAAAGCACGCCCCGUACGUGCGGCCCGCGGCAAGAAGAAGCAGCAAGCUCAGCAGUCUGCUGGAAGCCAACAAGCGGCGGCGACGGCGACAGUCCAGGGCGACGAGCUCCACAGUGGCGACGACCAGCCGUCGGCAGCGUCGCUACGGACGUCGGCCGACAAGCCAUGCUUCAACCGAGACGCGAACGCACGCUCCGCACGACCGGCGACGACCUCGUUCGACGUUUACGAAUUUAAAGAUUCCGACGACGAAGAUCCGUUCUCGUCGGCGGUACCGCCCAGCUCGGGCUCUAAUCCGCACGAAUCUGUCGAGAGGUCCGGCGACGCCGACAAGCCGCCCGCCGAAACCGAGAACGUCACGCCUGCGGAUGCCUCGGACUCGAAGGAUGCGGUCGCCGUGGGCGAGAGACGCUCGAGCGACGACAAGGAAUACGUGGCCGAGCCGUCUCAACACGGCAAGAUCUCUCUGACGAUCCGCUUGCACAAGGACGGUCUCGAUCGCGCCGAGGUCAUCAAAACUUCAGAGCAGAUCGAUGAGGCCGGGAAAACAUCGACGGUCCCGACGGCGGCGACGACGACGACGUCAACCAGCCAGACCGGCGGCAGCGGAAAGACUCGCAAAUCUGCCCGACUCGCAGGAAAGAACACGGCCGACGAUGUUGUCGAUGAGGGUUCCACGACCAGCUCUGUGGACGAUUCGCUGCCAACAACGAGAUCCGGAAGACCGAGACGGGGUGUCACGCUGGCACGCAAAGAUCUCGAUGAAUCUGUCAGUCAUGCUCAGGAGACGAACGGCAAGGAGAAGGAGUUGAAGAAAGAGGAACCGCAAGCCGACCAGCAAGCAUCGACAGAGCCUCCACCGCAAACUCCGAAAGCUGGAAGACGAGGUGCCAGACGCAAGCAGGAAGAACCGACCAAGAUCGAUCAGGUUGCAUCCAACUUCGACAUCAAGGCCGAAGACGAGAAUCCCGCACCGAUUCGAGAAAGAACUCAUUCUGCGGGCUCGUCCACCAUCACGGAAGAACUCAAUCCUCCGGUCAGCUCGGUCGAGCUCAAGCAGGAACUGGAACUGAGCGGUCAGGUGAAAACGUCAGCUAUCGAGACGGCCGCUCACAAAGAGCAGUCGUCCGAUGUCGCAACGAGCACGACGACCGCUCCUGCGACGACAUCUGCUCCAUUUGCAGCGAGCACCGCGACGACCACGUCCGCGGCGGUUCCCUCGCCGACGAGGCCGCCGGUCCUUGCGCAUACGGGUGCAUCGUCACCGACAUCGGCCUCUCGGGCAUCGCCCGAAAGGUCGACAUCGUCGACGAGUCCGACGACGACAGCGGCAGCCCUCCCGCCGGAAGCCGCGGUGCCAUCUGGUACCUCCGCCACGGAGGAGGCCACCGCUCUGGACGCCCGACAGCAGAACGUGCCCCGUGUGCCCGCGAGCAGUCCACCUCGCCAGCAGAAGCAGUCGGCCGCUCAACCGACGACGGCUCCAUCCGUUCCAUCGAGUUCCCAAGCCUCGGAGCUCCUGGCCCUGCAGAAAAAUCACGCGAUUCCAAGCAAUCCGAAGAACCUUCAGGCAACGCCCUGGGGUUCUACCGGCAGCUCUUCGGCAAGCUCGAAAAUCCCCUCCUCGCCUCAUUACCCGAUCUAUCCUGGAGGACUCCCCGCGAACUUGGCUAAUUUGUCGGCUCAACAACAAGCCGCCUCGAGAAUUCCUGUGUCGUCUGCAGCGAUCGGACAUGCGCCUGACACGAAGACGGCCAUGGGUCAGAGUCAGAAUCAUUCCCACGCGCAAGGAUCUCCGCGCUUGGAAAUUCCCCCGGAGAUCCAGAAGCAGAUGGUUGGGCACUUGUCACCGUACGGAAUGCCGGUCAGCAACACGUCGAGGACCCCACCCGCCUGCCAGACCUCCGCGAACGCGCUCACUCCGAGAGAAGUGUCGCAGACGGCUCGUGCGCAAAUGCCUUCGACGGGUCCUACGAAACCCAAGUCGACGGCCGCGAAAACUGCCAUACCCUCAGGUUUCGCUUUCGAUCAGCCGGGACCUUCGGCAGUUGGCUUGCCAUCGAAUGCCGGUAUCGCGGAACUUCUGCAAAACCCUCAUCUACUGCAGAACCCACACCUUCUCCCCAAGGAGUAUUUGAACGCCAUCACGGCUCAACUCACGGCUCAAGCUCGUGCUCAGAACGUCUCAGGACAGCCAACACCGCCUUUGGCCGGAGUUCCUUCACAGGAAAUGCUCAAUCCGAAUCGAAGCGGACAGAACCUCCUGGUACCGAAUCAUCUCGGAUUGCCGCCAGAGAUGCUCGUUCACCAUCAGCAGAUGUUGUACGCCGCCCAAUUCGGUCGGUUCGCUUUCGGACCUCCGCAAUCCACUCUCGGUGGUUUCAGAUCCUCGAUGGAUCCGAAAGCGGAAUCGAAGGACGAAGAUCACGAGGCACCUUCCGGUCCGACGAAGCCGAAGAGCAAAGCUGCCCAAGCUCAUCAACUACAAGAGCAACAACAACAACAGCAGCAGCAGCAGCAGCAGCAACAACAACAACAUCAAUCAGGAAAGCCUCACGAUAUGCUCAGUCGUCUUUCUCAUCCUGGCAGCGGAUACCACACGGCCGCAAUUCGACAGCUCGGACAACCGUUGUCGAUGCAGGGGGCAGACAGUUCUCCGGGAGCUCUCGGGAACCCGUACGCCAGAGCUGCUCACGUGAAAACGCCCACGGAGUCCGAUCUGAAACAACCGCCAGCUGCGCAUCAGAACCAUCAGUAUCCGAUGUCUGUCGGUUCUCCGGGACCGGCCUAUAUCUCGCAUCCCGCAAGCGCGGCCGGAGCUCUGGCGUUGAAGAAGGAUCUCGCAUCCCAGGCCCAACAGGCACUGCUGCAGCAGCAGCAACAACAACAACAGCUGCAGCAGGAAGCUCAGAUGAAGCGCACGGGACGGUAUCAGGGACGUCCGCUGGACUCGGUCCUGCACGGUCCGCCUCCGGUGCACUUGUUGGCUCAACAGCAAGUCGUUCGCGCCAGGAGUCCACCGAACCAACAUCAGGCCAACCAAGACGCCGGUUGGCUCUCCCGAUACCCCCUCAUCUGGCAUGGAUGUCUGGCUCUGAAGAGCGACCAGGCCGCUGUGCAAAUGCAUUUCAUCUCAGGGAAUUCCCGCAUCGCCGCGGCAACGCUGCCCGCAAUCACAGCCGAGGGAGGACCACAACCCGUCCGCAUCACUCAACGAAUGCGACUCGAGCCCCAACAACUCGAGGGUGUUUCGAAGAAGAUGCAAAAACCCGAAGAACAUUGUAUACUGCUCGCUCUGCCCUGUGGCAGGGACCAGACGGCCGUCCUGGAACAAUCCAGCUAUCUCCGGAACGGUUUCAUCAAUUAUCUGUCAUCCAAACAAGCCGCAGGAAUUGUGAACGCGGGACAGCAACCCGAAACGAGCCAGCCCGUCCACGUGAUUCACAUAUUCCCUUCGUGCUCGUUUUCGCACGAGAGUCUACUUCGCACCGCGCCGGAUCUGCUGCACAGCGUCAGCGAACUGGCCCACCUAAUGGUGGUCAUCACGACGGUGUAAGACUCCCAAUCGGCUUCGCCUACCCAGUGCUCGACUGGGCGAAACAGGGCUGCUCUAAAUUGCUCAAGACUCACUGCUACAAGUACCGACAUCGACUGCUCCAAUACUGCAAGCUGCAAAGGCCUCGGAGGCCUAAGUCACAAAAGGGUGAUUUGAAUAUCGAAGUUGUGAUCUUUCUUACUCGAGUAACCAGGAAUGUGUAGAUACUAUGUUGCGAACAAACUGAGACAUGAACACACACACAUAAA